AUGUCCCCACCGCCUGUCCGCGUCGCCAUCAUCGGCCUCUCGAAAUCAGCCACCACGUCAUGGGCAUCCACUGCUCACCUCCCCAAUCUCUUGACCGAUGCCGGGCGUGAGCGGUUUAAGAUUGUGGCGCUGUUGAACACGAGCGUCGCCAAGGCCGAGGCGGCCAUCCAAGCGUACGGACUCGACCCGAAGACGACCAAGGCGUACGGCCACCCCGACGACCUGGCGGCCGACCCCGACGUCGACCUUGUGCUGUGCUCGACGCGCGUGGACACGCACUACGCCGCCCUCUUGCCCAGCCUCCAGAGCGGCAAGGACGUGUAUGUGGAGUGGCCCAUUGCGUCGAACCUGGCGGACACGGAGGCGCUCGUGGCGGCGGCCCGGGCGAGCGGUGCCGGCACGGUUGUGGGCGUGCAGCGGCGGUAUGCGCCGAUGGUGCUCAAGGUACAGGAGCUGCUGGACGCCGGGGCGAUUGGCAAGCUGCUGAACGUGCAGGUGAACGUGCACAACGGCUUUGUGAGCUCGGACGUGAAACCGGCCGGGCUCAAGUACUUUGUCGAGCGCGCCGUUGGCGGCAAUCCCAUUACGAUUAUCAUUGGACAUUUGCUGGAUGCUGUCGAAACAACUGUCGGCAACUUUAUCCCGGGGACUUUGCACUCGCACACGCAGCUGCAGAAGCCAGAAAUAAAAAUUAUCGAUCCGGCCACCAAGGGGAUUAUCGAGACCGUUCGCUCCGACGUUCCCGAUCUCCUGUCUCUUCAUGGCUUCGUCAAGUCGGCCCGCACCCACAACGAGCCGGCCACGCUCACCCUCCACUACGAGCGCGGCUUCCAGUUCCCCGGCCAUCCAUCGCUAGAAUGGACGAUGACGGGCACCACGGGCAAGAUCCGCGUCGUGGAGCCGGCCGGAACGUCGUUUGAGACGGACCCGGGCCCGGACGGCCUCACCAUUCAGCUCUGGACGUUUGACACGAACAAAGUCGAGGACGUGCCGUGGGGCUACAGCGACCUCCAGCUGCAGGUGAAUCCACGGGCGCGCACCACGCAGACGCUGCUGUACGCGUAUGCCGACGCCAAGCGCGGCCUGACGAAAGACGACAUCCGCAAAACCCCGGAAUGGCCGACCCUGGAGAGUGGUGCGGCACGGGCGGCCGAGAUGGAGGAGUGGCUGAGCUCGUUCAAAGCGUGA